AAAAAACAAAACUGAGAAGGCCUUGAAUUUAACAAAUGUCAUACGUCACAUUUUUAUAGCCAAUAAAAAUGCAUCCAAUAAUUUUCCUUAUACUCGCAACCACCAUAGUUGUUACUACACAUACUUUAACACCAAACCGAACCGAUUAUUUGGAAACGAUGGAAUGUGGUGACUGCGAGAAGGUAAACCAGGAAUGCAAAAUCGUAUCUUCUGGGUAUUACUGCCGUGAGCACGACGACAGUGACAAGCUCGAUGCCCGGCAAGAAGUCGAGGCGGAAUUGCUACAUCUGAGGAAUUGCAUGGGCCCUGAUCAUUUCUUUUUUAUUGAAGAGGGAAUUUCGGCGGCCUGCUGUUUUUGGACACAAGAAAUGGGAUGCCAGCAAGUCAAAAACAAGAUGCGCACAAAGCCUUGCUCUGAUUGUGCUACCUACCAUGAAAGAGGCUCUUUUCUGGAUCUUAAUCCAAUGGGCUGUCCAUGUGGGCCACAGGGAAAAAACGGUGCAGAAAAUCCGCUUGAAUGCAUCGUUUUCAUUAUUAUUCUUUUUAUGAUGUGUACGAUAUUGUAUGGUAAUAUAUAAUAAAUUAAUUCAUUUUA